CGGUAUUUCUCUGUAAUUACUAUUACUAUUUUCCUCAUUACUAUUUUUCUAUUGUAUUCUCAAUUGGGAUGCAGGUGACUGGAGUUGAGAAUGUCUCUGCUCUUGUAAUUGCACAAGAAUUAAAUAUACUUGAAACAGAGUUGGACGCCUUAUAUUUCAAGAGAAAAGACGCACAUAAAAAUGUCCGCCUGGAUCUCAAUAUGUUGCGAACAAGAUUUGAAAAAGUUCCCGAGGGGUGUCGUGACUGUGAUGCUUAUCUAAAGGCUUACCUGCUGUAUUUGUUAGGCACUGUCAUAAUGCCUAACAAUACCGAAGGGGUUUCUCCUAUCUAUUUACCUCUCCUGGGUAGAAACACAGUUAACAAGUACGCUUGGGGCGCCGCGAUGGUGGGAUUCCAAAAAGAUUCAUUGAAUGACACCAAGGCUCUUCUUGAUCAGAGGAAAACCGGAAGCAUAUAUGGGUUUGUUUAUGCUAUCAUGGUGUUUGCUUUAGAAAGCCCCAGUGAAGGGAACCAUGAUAGAAACAUUCCGAGAUUUGCUUCAGAAUAUGAAGAGAAUGAGGUUGUUUGGCAACCCUAUCAUGAUUUUGGUGAAUUAUCCGAUGAGUUUAAAGAUCAGUUGUCGAUGAUCUAUCUGCGGGUUCCGUGUAUUUGUUUCAAUGCGGUCGCCUACAACCGUCCGGACAAAUGCUUUAGGCAACUCGGACUGAAGAAAUCAGAGUUGCAACGUCUAUCGAGAAGCAGGAGUAAACAUACGAAAGUUAAGUUUAGCCAACAUAAAGGACAAGAUUAGCGAGCUGUGCGUCCGUUUUACAGAAAAGUGAAUGAAGAGUGGGAUAACCG